AUGGCAUCGCCAAUUUGUAUUUCGCACUAUAAUACACCUCAGCCACAUACCACUAUAAUCAGAGACGGGUCAAAUGCCAAAAAUGCUAUCGUUAUUGAUGAUAACGACGAAGAUGAUGUAUAUCCUUCCAACAAUCAAACAUUGCUGCCGGAGGCAAUAGUGCAGAAGUCAUAUGUACCUAUACUCGACUUGACCGGGGGCAGCGCCACCCCGCCUGCUUCUCAUCCCCCAGAAGGCGUGGCUGAACUUCCAGGCUCAGAAGUCCCGGCUGAAUUUGCUAGUCAGCCGACAUAUACUUUAUCAUGGGGGACUCACGCACAUGCGCAGCAAACCGAGCAGAACCCACCUGUAGCUACGAAUGAUGAACUCCCUGAUACAGAUAUAAAUUCGACAGUUAUCCCAAGUCAAGAUAAAACGCCAGGUCUAUCGCAAGAGAGAAACAGUGCAGACAGGCCUUCUCCCCAGCGUCAAAACUCACGACCGAGAAUGAAGGAGAGGAAUGUAAAAUUUAGAUCGGGAAGUGCUCGUCGGGGUGCCGGGAACCCUCAAUUAUGGGAUGACGAUGAUAUUACGGCGGUGGCUCCACGGUCUACUCCUGCAUCUGAUUUACAAGCCGAGCUAUACUGCAAAUCUGGCCGUGUAGUUCAAUGUCCCGGCCAACCUGGGUCAGAACCCCACCAGACUCCCUACAGCGAGCAAAAGGUUGAUGGGGUCAUAAAGUAUGGGUGCACCCCAGAGUGUGGAUACGUCGUGUCGGUUGCAGAGUAUAAAGAGAUGGUAUACAAAAAUUUGAUACGAGGGAUAGUCCCACGCGGGGCGGGGAUGAUGAGUGAUGAUGUGGUUGAAAAGGAGGUCGUCACUCUUGAGAAUGGGAAUAAGCAUAGCGAAGAUCCUACAGGAGUAGAUCCGCCCAGUCCAGUCAGCCAGUCCAUACGAGGCGAUCAAGUUGAACUUUUGAGUAAUCCGAAGUCUCCUUCUGAGCCUUUGGAACCUUUGGUCACAGAAUUAGCCAUGGAGGUGGAGGUCGAGAAUAGCGAUUCUAGAAGCUCGUUACCUGCUACAGUAGCCCCGACAGAUAAGCCAGCUAUCGAAAUCCUAACAACUGUUGAUGAAUUCGUAUCCCCACCACUCGUCGAUGAUCCCUCAGCAACAAAACCAGUUAGUGAAAGUUCCCAGAGUGUCGUAGAACAGUCUAGAACUGAAGAUAUCCCUGGAGCACCAGAGCCCUCAGCUGAGGGUGCGCCUGCCGAGCUUCCAGCUGAAGCCCAUGCACCUCCACCUGCUCCUGAACCUCAACAAUCAACUCCAACUCCUCCCAUAUCACCAACCCUUCUUCCAUCUGCCAAAGAAAAACCUUCCCAAAUAGACAAUCCUUUAUUGGAGGGGUCUCUUCCUCAAGAUCUAAUUGAUAGUGAGAAGAUAGACGCUCCGCAACCUUCAAAUUCUCCUCCACCACCUCCAACAAACAUGUCUAAUCCCAAAGAAAGCACGCCGAAGGCUAUGAGCCUUUCUUCAUCUACUACGCUAUCAGACCCAUCAUUUCCGAAGGUAUCAUCUAGGUCAAAGGCCUCUCGAAGGAUGGUUCCCUCUCCACAGCCACCCCCACCUGCUGCACCCGCCGGAAACACUCAUAUGCCGCCGACCACACGUUCUUCUUCAAGCAAAAAUGUUUGCAUUGCAUGUAAACGGGAGAAUGGUGGCCUCUCAGCAGACCACCCCGUCAAGUGUCAAGUUUGCAAGAGAGCGUGGCACAGAAGUUGUAAUGCCGGGCUGGAAAAUAUGGGCUACAAAGUAACUAGCUGGACAUGCCGCUCUUGUAGUAGAUCUAGGAAGGCUACAAGAUCAGGUACAUCCGGCGGGUCUACCACAGGCUCCACUGGAAGGAGAUCAUCACGGCAAUCCCUGCCAAGCUCUACAAAACGUAAUAGUGGUGGGCUUUAUGGAUUGGGACCCAAGCAACAAACUAAAGAUGCAGUUAGACGUCCGUCGUCCAACAGCCCGUCUAUCGUACUGGCUACAACGACGAUCACGGAUGCAGAACAGGGUCCUGAUAAGCCUAACACUCAAGAUUCCCCCGAGGAUGCGAGUGACAUGCAGGCAGAGCCUCGUCGGCUAAGGAAUAGGUCACGGUCACCUAGGAAAGAUAGAAGCGUUAAUAGUAUGGAGAGGGUACGUGAUAGGGUUGAUAAAGCUCCACCAUUGUUGACUAUGAGGACACGAAGAUCAGUGUCAUAUCAAACGAGGGAUAAAUCAUCCUCUCGAAACUUGGAAGAGGAUGGCGAUGACAAUGGAGAGGCUUCGACACCACGUAGCCGACGUGCAGCACGGCUCGUACGGGUGAGUUUGGAGAAGAACCCACGGAAGGAGGAUCAGGAUACUGGACGCACGCAACCUGUUCGAGCCUCUAGGAAAAGACGCAUUAGUCCUGCUAUGGAACCUGGGCUUGAAGAGCAGGAUACCACCCUGGUAGCCGACUUGGAACCUUCUCCAAAACGCCAAAGGGUUGAAUCUCCCCCUGUCAUCUUGGAUGACGAAAUUCUAAAUGAGGAGCCGAUAGUUAUUGAUGACCCAACACAGGAAAAGGGAGAUCAGGUGGUGGAAAGUCAGACUGUUGCAGAUGUUACGGCCGUCGAGACCGGCGAAGCCGAAAACGAAGUUAUCGAAGAGCAAAGUGGUGAGCCGGCAGAUGUAUCAGAGACUGCCCAGGCUUCAGCCCAAGAGGUCCCUUCAAGCCCAAAGAUUGGGAAAUUUAAACCACUGCCAACGCUAAGUCUUCAACGAUUAAAUGACAUGAUAUGCAAUAGUGGGACCACUCUGGACUUCCCACGACGGCAAGCAACAGAGACUUUUGGUGUCCCCGAACAACCGCAAGACCCCGAGGAGGAUAUGCAUAUCUUCGUGCCUCCGCAAAUCCAAGAGAUCCUUUCAAUAGCGCCACAAGCUGAUGAAGGGGCAAACCUGCCGGCGGAUAUGCCGUGCGAUAUACGAACAUUCGAAGAACAAGAACCCCUACCUCCCAGUAUAGACCCCGAAGACAUUGACAUCGACGCGGAAUUUGAAGGGUUUAGUGAAACCCACAAAGAUGCAGAAGAUGAGGUUAGGGAAAGGUAUAACACCCAAGCCGAAGGGUUGGGAUCUCACCGGGGGGAGUGCUCGAUAUUGGAGAACGAAGUAGCAACCUCUGUGACUGCCUUAACUGACGGUAUACUUCAGCAAACUGAAGAACAACAGAAGAUGGUGGAGGAGUUGAGGGUGGCGAAUGAGAUGUGUGAGGAGUAUAAAAAGAGCGCUCAGAAGGCUAAGGAGGAAUGUGAGCAACUUAAGUGCCGAAUCGAAAUACUUGAGAAGGAGGUGGAGAGUUCCCAUAAGAAUAAUGGGAGCACUCUAGGGCUGGAAAAACAACUUGCUAAUGCAAGAACCCGAUAUGAGAAAGCUGAAAGGGAGCUAAGUGUGUCGAAGGCUAAGGCCAAGGAACUUGAGAGAAUACAAAAGCGGUGUGAAGCAUUACAAAAUAGAUUGGACGACUCUAAAAAGGACUAUCGACAACUUGUAGCGGAGACGGAGGGACAAGCCGAGAAACUAGAGGCCGCGAUCAACGAAAAGAAUGCCCUCGCCCAGAACAUUGGGAGUGUGAAAAGCCACCUUGAUCAGGCACGGAGAGACUCUGACGCGGCGAAUUCUGAGCUCAAAGUAGCCAGGGACGGUUAUAAAGUUUUGGAGAGAGAGGUCAAGAUACUCAGGGCCUAUGAUGCCCGAAUUCGAUUGCCUAGCCUCGUCAACACCGGAAUAGGAGGCUUAUACUCUGAAACUGCAAAACAGCUUGAAGAUCUUAAGGCUUUGAAUCUGGAACUUCAUCAGAAAUUGGACAAUGAGGCCGCUCAGGGUAUCUACCACACAGAGCAGUUCAACAAAAUGUGGAAGGAGCACGCGGAUAUUAGAAAGGAACGUGACGAAGCAAAGGCCCAGAAUUCCGAACUCAAGCUGUCGAACAAGAACCUUCAAACGCAACUGGAUAAUUCUGCUAUUCAGAAUUUUUAUUCGAAGGAGAGUCUGACAGAUUUGUGGAAGAGCAUAAACAAGAAGGAUGCUGAAUUUAAAGGGCUGAAAGAGGAGAAAACUAAGUUGGAAGAGGCGAAUAAGAAGGUGGGAGAUGAGAACGAGAAGUUGAAACAGAAGAAUAGGGAGCUAGAGGGCGCAAACAAGGAGCUAGAAGAGGCGAACAAGAAACUAGAAUAUACGGCAAACCAAGAACAGGCCGAAUUGGAGAAUCUCAAGUCGUCUAAUUUGACACACGAACUCAUGAAGUACCAUUAUGAGGAGCAAAUACGGAACCUCAAGGAAGCGGCCGAAGCGGGAAAUAAGGGCCUCGAGGAAAAGAAAUUAGUGCUUCCGAACAUUCACCAGAUAGCCUGGACGUCGGAGCACCCUUCGGACCAUGUCAAACAACAGCAAUUGGAUGACUUGGUAUUAGCACCAAUCGGGAACUUGAGCGGACUAGACAAAGAUCUUACGAAAAGGGAGCCAUCCAGGAUCAAAGAACUCGAAGAUGAACUCGAACGACGGAAAGCACUUGAAGAUGGUUUACUUGAGCGCCUUCAAGCAGCCGAACAGCGAUGUCGAGAACUUGAAUGUAGAUCGGCUACUCCUAGUCUAAUGUCUUCCUUUUCCGGCCCCGUCCUUGAACCUGAACCUGAAUUUGACUUCGGAGUUUUGAAUCCGAUGCUACCCCAAUGCGGCACCGAAGUAGAUGCAGUUGGCGAUCUCCCGGAGAACCAUCGGGUCCGAACAUCACAACCCUGGAAGGAACGUUACGAGGCCUGGUACAAUCGCAACCCUAGAGCGUUACACCUCCACCGUUCCUGCAAACGAGAACUUACUAGCAUCAAAGGCAAAGUUAAAGUCCUUGAGACCGAUGGAAGUGAGUGUAAACCUGAUGAUGAUAAGGCGGAUUUAAGAGGUCGGACGAGGAAAAGGGGAGAAAUGACGUUCGACGAGUUUAGAGGGAUUAACCAGAACGAAGUUGUUCCGGUGUCGAUGGAAAAAUGUGGGAAAGUUGUUUUUAGGAAGGCUGAGAAGAAUCGAAGAACGGGCGGUCUCAGCCGACAUGCUGUCAUGUACAAAACAGGUCGCAACGUUCCCGGCGAAUUGCGAGGUUGA